CGGACUGCUCUCCAGUCUCUCACGCUCGUGGUAAUCCCCACUCUCCCUGCAGACCCACUUCCACGGGCAUUCUCUCUCACCGAGUUAGUGGCUUGUAGGUCUGUGCCCAUAAGCAGCUGUGCAUAGUGCUUGAGAGGUCUAAGCUGGCUUGCGCGUGCAUGGCUCGACGUAACAGAUGUUGGAACAUCAGAAUCAAAUAUCAAAAGGCAUGGACAGCUCGUUCUUUUACCUGUAUCAAAGUCUACAUUCAAUUCACAUCUCAAUUCAAAAUGUUCAGUUCAAACCCCGCUACCACUGCUUCUACCCCACCUGCUCCUGCACCUGCACCGAAGCUGCGUGACAGCUGUGAGGCUUGUGCAGCAUCGAAAUUAAAAUGUCACAAGCAAAAGCCUACAUGUUCCCGCUGUGCUAAGCGUGGGAUCACCUGUCAAUAUCUUGCAACCAGGCGUGCUGGCCGUCGGUACGACAACAAUCGUCGUCCCUCGGAGCGAAGACGACCUGAGAGCUUUUCCCUUCCUGCCGAACCUCAAUUGGACCCUCUCGACUUGAACAGUUGGUUUGCUGCGGAAGCCGCAGCCAGCUCUGGAGAUGACUUUCCACCCAUGCCUAAGACUGCGUCAUCGGUCUCGACAACGGCCUCGAACCCUUCCUCUGGGCUUGACUCCACCAUGCUCACACCCGUUGACUUGAACGACAUGAUGACUGAUAUCGACGACUACUUCCUUUCUCCUACAAGUCUAUGGAUGCCUGACUCUACUGGUACCGACAUGUUGGCUCCAUUGGACGCCGACUUCUUCAACAUGCCAAGUGGAGGCAUGGACCCAACCUUCAACGACAACAUCAAGACCAGCCACAGUGUAUCAAGUCCUGAUUCAGGUAUUACCGACUUGAAGAAGCCCAUGCCCGAAUUGAACCUCGACAUCUCAAGCUUCACUCAAGGCUUUUCCAGUUCAUUCGGCUGCUGCAUGAUGCAAGCCAUGUGCUUGCUCCAACAGCUAUUCCCCCAAUCCAUGUCGACUACCGAGACAUCUUGUGAAAACACCAAGAUGAAGAGUGCAGGGAACAGCCCUUCACCACCCCCAGAGAAGAUGGCACCACCAAUGGAAGCCGUCAUUGCCACAAACAAGCAGGCAAUUGAUGCUGUAGGCACCAUGCUCGAGUGCUCAUGCGUACAAAGCGGUUAUUUGCUUGCCAUCUUGUCACUCAUAGUAUUCAAAGCCCUAGACUCCUAUGAUGCUGCUGCGAACUCCACUCAACCACGGCUGGAAAAUCCGUUGGAUGAGGAUUCGCGAUACACGGCAGCUCAGUUGGUGCUCGGAGAGCUCCACCGGGUUCAAAGGCUGGUCAAUCAGCUCUCGGGGAAGAUGAAGGAGCACAUCAGGGCGGCGGGAAUUGUUCCCAAUAAGGACUUGAUCAAGGCCGAAGCUGGUGUCGAUCAACCCAUGGGCGAUGCCUCCAUGCCAUUUUCGGAAAACAUGUUGGAACAAUUGGAAGCCGAUAUGAGGCGGAGACUAAAGAAGCUCUCUCUGUCGAUGGCUUCGUACCUGAGGAGGGACUAAUUGAAGACAUGAGACGUCGAGUGCAUAAGUUCACCGACGAUAUUCUCGAAUCAAGUUUGCCUCGCAUUGACUGCAUGGCACAUGAUCAUUUGCGUUACGAUUCUACGGAUUUCAAACUGCAUUAUCAACCUUAUAGAAGAGCGUUGCAUUGGGAACGGGGAACGGAGUUAAUGAGCAGGGAUUUGAUACCACUGCUACGGAUGCGAUGAUAUUUUUUGAUUGAGAUGGGAUUGUGCGGACCUUUGCUAUAUACACUUCGCUGAGAUAUCAGAAUUUCAUAAUUUUCUAC